UGUGUGUGUGUGUGUGUGUGUGUGUGUGUGUGAGAGAGAGAGAGAAAGAGGGAGAGAGAGAGAUGCUGUGAAAAUAAUAUCAGGCUUUUCCGUCAGAAUGAACUUUCCACUGUAUCCAGCCAUGAAAUAAUGUGAAGCGACACUUCAAACCAUCUGCGCCAUCUAUCCCCCUCUUCUUCUCUAAACCCGCCAGUGCACAAAACGGAGAGUGUAUGAUCCUAACCCGCCCAGCUAGGCAGUGGAAUCUGAAUUCGAUCCACAAAUAUAUAGCCUAAUAUUUCGCGGAAACAUUUAGGCUCUCCGCCCUCUUUGGUGUGGACCGCUGGUGCGAAAGACCGUACCGCUCCUUGGGCAGGCUGCGGGGUUCAGGUUGGGGGGUUCAGCCUCCCAGUCCCGCGGUCCCCUCGUAACCCCUCGUGGAUCAGUUAAAAUAAGAGUCUACGGUCCUGGUAUUUGUGUUUCUUACGGUUCUUCUGUUUACUACGCUGAGGGCCAAUUCACGUUGAGCACGGAUCUCACACAAUUAUUAUCUCUCCCUAUCCAAAAACAAUAAUAUAAAUACAAUAAUCUUAUUCUAAAAAUUCUAAACCGAAACGUGCUUCUAGGAUGUAAUGUAUCCUGGAUUUUGCCGGGUCUAUUUUAGGAGCGUCCAUGUUGUCCGGCCCUUCAGGAGAGCGGGAGCUGUGUUUCUGUAACACCGCACACAAAGGAGAGGUGUUGGGACACACGGAAGCCAAUUAAAUGUUUGAAGACAUAAAGCAAAGGUCAAAAUGUUUAGGCUGCGGUUUAAAAGUGCAGUCGAACACUGGGAGGCGCCGAGAUAUCUUGGCGCUCCUUCCGCGUGAUUGGUAGGCUCAACUUGACAGUGAUUGACGGGCAUCCAUGGCAACCGCGCAGCCAAUCUGCCAAGUCCAAUAGAAAAUCAGCAGCGAGGGCGACUGUCUUUUUCCCCUUCAAAAAACAUCUCGGCUCGAGUCGUGAUGCUCUUGUACUCUCGACCCUCACCCACCGAGUUGAGCAGGAGGAGGAUGCAGCAGUGAGCCGGAGCGACUCGCUCCUCACCGAAUGUAACAGAGCAUCCGAUCCGUUCGGACCGGAGGUUCGACCCGAGGAGGCGCGCGAGGACGGAGGAGUGCGACGCACGAGCGACGGGAGGAGGAAGGGACACGCUCAGCCUCCAUGUUUCAGCUGCCCAUCUUAAACUUUAGCCCCCAGCAGGUCGCGGGGGUCUGCGAGACCCUCGAGGAGAGCGGGGACAUCGAGCGCCUCGGCCGCUUCCUGUGGUCCCUGCCGGUCGCCCCAGCCGCCUGCGAGGUCCUCAACAAGAACGAGGCGGUGCUGAGGGCGCGCGCCAUCGUGGCCUACCACAGCGGUAACUUCCGGGAGCUCUACCACAUCCUGGAGAACCACAAGUUCACCAAAGACUCGCACAGCAAGCUGCAGGCCCUGUGGCUGGAGGCGCACUACCAGGAGGCGGAGAAGCUGCGGGGCCGCCCGCUGGGGCCCGUGGACAAGUACCGCGUGCGGAAGAAGUUCCCGUUGCCCCGCACAAUCUGGGACGGCGAGCAGAAGACCCACUGCUUCAAGGAGAGGACCCGACACUUGUUACGGGAAUGGUACCUGCAGGACCCCUACCCCAACCCCAGUAAAAAGAGGGAGCUUGCCCAGGCCACCGGACUUACCCCCACACAAGUGGGGAACUGGUUCAAGAACCGGAGACAAAGAGACCGAGCGGCGGCCGCCAAGAACCGGCUCCAGCAGCAGGUCCUCUCCGGGGGGUCGGUGCGGUCGCUGGCGGAUGACGACGGGACGGCGGACCGCCUCGGGAACUCGUCGAGCCCCGAGGCCAGCCUGUCCAGCAAGGCCGCCGCCUCGGCCAUCUCCAUCACGUCCAGCGACAGCGAAUGUGACAUCUGACGGCCUCGCGCGAGGCCGUCCGCAAGUCAGGAGGACAGUUAACGCGCAAUAAAUAAAGGAGAGGAAGAGAGAUCAGGAGAGAGAGGAAGAGAGACAAUCUAAAACAGACUUAGUGCCUGCGUGGAAAACAAACACUACUACUGUCGUUCGAUGGCGACAGAAACCCGAGGGACGGAAGUCCCGUCUUAAGCCGCCUUCCGGUAUUGUUUCGCUUUGACCACAUGCGGAGAAAUCUAAAAACGAUGCAUGGAGAAUAUCCCGGAUAACAUCCCUCUGAAGGGGGCGGGGGGGGGGGGAACCGAGGCCUCCAGACGAGAGUGAAUUGAAAAAAGGAAUCUGAAGAAGACAUUUGAACGCCUAACCUGCUAUUUUCUGUGGGUAUUUCAUGUUGAAAGACUGUGAUAUUUUUAAUUUACUUUAAAAGUUUUAUAAAUAAUGUUUAUUUACCUAUUUAAACGAUUGGCUUUGUCUCUUAGGUUUUCAUAUUGAUUUGCUUGGUGUUUUUAAUAUUUACGUGUGCACAGGUUAACUGGUCAGCAUGUGCGCUUUAGUGGAAAUGUGAUUCAGUAAAAAAAGAAAAGUAAAGAUAACUUAAUAAAAUAUUUGUUGACAAAAUAA